AUGGCAACCGCCGUCUCCAAACCGGCCGCCUCCCAAACCCCGAAAAUGAAGCGUCCUCCGCCGCCGUUAUCACAGACUGGAGUUAAUGGCAUCAAACCAUCCCAGUCUUCGUCCUCUUCUCCCUCCAUGACGUCGAAGCGUCUCCCCGGCACGAGUCAACCAUCCUCAGCGAAUUCCGCGAGUGGCACUGCGGCGAACAGCGCUAAUAACCGUCCUGUGAACCGCGCGAGAAAAGAUGCUCAGAAGCCGGGAGAAGCAUUGCCGUCGCGGCCACAAAGGCCUUCGACGAGAACUUCGGCGGAGUUGGAUCGUCGAGUGGCCAAGAUACCUCCCGAACCAUAUGGCUGUCUCAUUGUCAAAGUUGUGGAUCACAAGUCCGUGUCAGCUCAAGCCAGCAAGUCGACUAGUUCGUCCACGGAUGAGAAGAACACGCCCUUUUCCAUCCACAACUACAAUCAGCACGUCACCCCUUCCCCAUUGGUUCCGUAUCCUAAGCAGAAUCAAAUCAAGGUGGAUUCACCAAAGGCGACAGAGAAAUCUGCAAGGAAGGAGUCAGAUUCCGCCGCAGAAUCUGCUGAUGGGAAAAAGGAGAAUGAGCCUGCGGACAAAUCCGCAGAAGCCUCACCUGAAAAACAGCCUCCUCCCAAGCCCAGAGUUUUCACCACCGUUCUUCACCCAACCCCACGUUCCCUUCUGGCGGAGCUGACUUUUCUCGCUACGACACCGGACCCGAGAGCUGUAAACAAGAAGCAAUCUGGCUCACAGGGGACCCUGAAGACCCAGUCUUCAUCUGCCGCUUCCCAGACAUCGUCUUCAUCGACUGCCGCGGGUCCUCCUCCCAAGAGACAGAAGAUGCUCGUUGAACCGCAGGAACUUCCUGAAUGCGAAUCAAAGUUGAUCAGAGCAUUGGCACCUCCUCUGUACCUGGAGCCCGUGGACAGUCUGGAGGCUGCUCAGAAUUUGCUUAGGUUCUUGGAUAGUCCUCUCCAUCGUGAUAGACCGCCCUCACCGAAGAGGAGGAAACGAACGGUCGCAGAACUCGCUGCUGACGAGGCCCUCGCUGCUGAAGAGGAGAGAUUCAUGCUUAUUAUGGACGAAAGACUGGAGCCAACCGCGUCAGCCGCGGCUGGUGGUCCCAAGUCUGCUGUGGACGAAGCUGCUGGCGCGGCACCUUUCGAGCCACGCUUCUCUAGAUUUAAAACGAUCGAGAGUAUCCGUAUUCAGCACGAGGAGAAGGCCAAACGGGAGCAUGAGCGAAAGCUACAGCAGGAGCAUGCCAAGAGACAACAGCAAGAACAAGAAAGGGAGCGGCGUCGCCUUUUGGAACAACGUCAAGCUGAGGAACAUGCUAGGGAGGAGGCUCGACGCCAGCAGCUGGCCGCUCAACAAGCGCAGGCGCAACUUGCAGCUCAGCAACAGAAUAGACAUGCAAUGGCCCAGGCAAACGGCAUAUCCCAGGUGUCCCAAGGUCAAAUGUCAUCGCCAGUGGUGCGCAACCAGACCCCACAUAAUACUUCGUCACCGGUUGUCGGAGCCAACAUGGGCACACAGGCUGCUGUCUCGAUGAGUAUGAGCGCUUCAGCUCAAGGGGCUGGCAGUCCUCAGAGGCCGCCUUCGACGCUACAACAUUCGCAUCCAGGGGUAAUGGGUCAUCCAAUGGCUCCUUCGAGGAGCCAGCAAAGCCAAAGCCGGCAUGGGACACCUCAGAUGACCCAAGGAACACCUGCAAUGUCACAUGCUACUCCUGUGAUGCGUAACGUCACUCCAACCCAGCGUAUGAGCCAUGGCAGUCCUCCCAAUACAUCGAUGACGCAAACACCCGUAAUGGGCCAUGCUAUGAUGGGAACGCCUCAAAUGGGAGGUGGAAUGGGGCUCACGCCUCAGCAACAGCAAAUGUUGUUGCAGCAGCGACAACAGCAGAUGCUAGCGCAGCAGGGCCACGCUGGUCAUGGGCAAUUUACGCCCCAACAGCUCGCUCAGAUGCAGGCAAACGCGCAUGCUCAGCAGAGCAUUCAGUCUCAUCAACAGCAGAUGCUACAACAACAUCAGGCCCAGCAGAAUCAGCAUGCCCAGCAGCAGCAACAACAUAAUAUGCAGCAACUGCAGAAUCAACAGGCUUACCAGGCGCAAUUAAUGCGCACACAGCUUGUUCAGAUGCAAAUGGCACAACAGAAACAGCAACAGCAGCAGCAGCAGCAGCAGGGCCAAGGUAACACCCCUCAGAUGACUCUACACCAGCAACAGCAACAGCAGAUGCUUAUGGCAGCCGCGCAAGCCAACGGUGGUCAUCUCUCGACAGAACGCACAGUUUUCGCAGCGUUACCAGCAACUGUACCAGCAGCGACUCCUCCGAUUGCGACAAGAUAUGGCCCAACGGUUGAUGGCGCAAUACGGACCACCUCCUCAGUAUCCGCCGCAUAUUGCGCAGCAAUAUGGUCCGGGGCUUGA